UGUCGGCGAAGAAGUAGAAUUUUCCGGCGAAAAUGUCCUCGUCGAAGGGGAAGAGGAAGUCGCCGCCGUCGGAACCAACUCCAAAUCCAUCACUUCCUUAUGAUUUGCUAUUGAGUUGCUUCGCACGCGUAUCAAGAUUAUACUACCCGACUCUCUCCUUAGUCUCCAAAACCUGUCGAACCCUCGUUACUUCACCGGAUCUUUACAAGACUCGAUCUUUCUUGAACCACACGGAAAGUUGUCUCUAUGUGUGUUUAGAGUUCCCUCCUGACUCUAACCCUCGUUGGUUCACUCUCUACAGAAGACCUAAUCAAACCCAGAAAACAGAGAACUCAAGUGGAUACGUUUUGGUACCAAUCCCGAUUCACAAUUCACCUCCUGUGGAUUACAGGGCUCUCGUCACGGUUGGUUCUAAUAUCUAUGCCAUUGGUGGAUCUAUUGAGAAUGCACCUUCGUCUAGUGUCUCAAUCCUGGAUUGCAAAUUUCAUACUUGGCACGAGGCUCCAAGCAUGAGGACAGAGCGGUAUUAUCCAGUUGCUAAUGUUGUUGAUGGGAAGAUUUAUGUAACAGGAAGCUUGGAAGACUCCAGUUCAUCCAAUUGGAUGGAGGUUUUCGAUAUAAAGACUCAAACUUGGGAGCCUGUGUUGAGCCCUGUAGAUAAGAGAUGUAGUAAUAUAUACACUAGCGCAGUGAUUGAUGGAGAAAUCUACUUUUUUGGGGAUAAUAAGGUUGUGGCUUAUAAGCCAAAAGAAGAUAGAUGGGGAGCUAUAGGAGAGCAUCAGAAUAUGGAUUUAGGAGUGUUUUAUCGUUCUUAUUGCGUUAUAGAUAACAUACUCUAUUGUUAUCGUCCAGGCGGAAUCAAAUGGUACGAUUCAGAGAAAAGGUUCUGGAGGAGUUUGAAGGGUUUGAAAGGAUUGUCUAAGCUUGCUAGUUGUUGUGUUAAGUUGGCGGAUUGUGGUGGGAAGAUGGUGGUUUUGUGGGAUAAGUAUUUCCCUUCUAGAGGAUAUGAGUGUCACACGAUUUCGUGUGCGAUGAUUUCCCUUGGAAGAUGCAGGGAUCAGGAUAUUAGGGGGAAGGUCGAGUGGUUUGAUGAUAUGCUUACAGUUCCUAGCUCUUACAGCUUUGUGGGUGUUCUUGCUGCUACUCUUUGAUAAAUGUUAUACGAGACAUUGAGGUAAAAUGGUGAAUCUUUAGUGAUUUGUGGGUAUUAUAUACAGUAUAUCAUUUUGUUCGAUGAUUGUGUCUUGCGUUUCUUUAGCGCUCUGCUUUUAAAUCUUUUGAUGGUUAGAUUAUUUUGUGCCGCUUUAAGGCCAAUGAAACAUUGUUUUGGCUGAAUAUAUUCAAAAGACCUGAUGAUGAACGA